AAGCAUAUAGUUUUGACGACGCGUCAAGAUUUUUACUUUGCGGUGAGAAUCCGAUGAGGUAACGAUUGCUUAUUAUGCAGUCUUAGUGAUUGGUUGCAAUACUGCACUCUGCCCAGUGUGCUUUUCUUUUCUUUUCAGCUACUUCUUCCUUCCUUUUGAUUACCAGGUACUUUCUGGGUUUUGAGGAUACGGAAAUCAAAUAGUAUACAGAUAAUAAGGAAAUUCAAUAUUUUAAACGCUAUAUUUGUAUAUAAAUUUUUAGAUUUGCCUAUUUACCUACUCUAGUCAAAAUGAAGUGUUACGUCAUUCUCGUAAGUUUUUUGAGUGUGUUCGUGUUCGUGAGUUCGGCACCAUUCUUCCAAGCAUCAUCAGGAGGUAAUUCUGGUACCCAACUACAGCUUGGAUCUGGAAGUGGAAGUGGAAGUAGUGGAGGCAGCGGAGGAGGUUUAGGCGGUUUAACAAAUAUUUUAUCCCAAAUUGAUUUACCUGGAUUAUUAAGAGGAGUUAAUAGUUUUGUAAAAUUAGUUGGAGUAUUUUGUCCGCCAUGUUCACAGAUCUUAGACAAUGUCAUUCAAAACGUAACCAGUACAGCGUUUAGAGUAUUCGGUAGAGCCAUCCUUCAAGGAGGAGGUUUAGGAGGAGGCAGAGGAGGAGAUGCUGCAAAUUCAGUAAAUGUAGUUCUUCCUACGUUCCCACCAGAUGAAGAUGAUUAUGAAGACGAAGACGAAACUGAAAAACCUGUAGAAGCAAUAAGCAGUAGAUCUGGAGUAACUACCGAAUCAGCACCUCUUGUAGAAAGCACCACGGCUAAAAAGGAAGCGGAAAAUGCUGUGUUUACAUCCGCCGCCGCUGACGAGAGCAACUUGAUCGCCCGAAGAUCGGCGAGGAUAACCAGAGAAGCAGCUGCGGAUCAAGCGCCGGCAGAAUCAGUACCACAACCUGCGGAAGAUCUUUCUGAUCUCGAUGAUGAUGAUCAAGAUCGGAAUAAAAGGUUCCUGCCCUUUGGAGGAGGUUCUAGCUCCGGAGGGUCUGGAAACUUCUUAUUCGAUAUUAUUAGGAACACAGCUGAUCGUGCUGCCCGAAUGGUGGGCACAAUCUACAGAAUGGUGGCUGGUACACAACACUUUGGAUGGGCUUCUGAUCCUAACGGCAAUCCAGAAAAUACAGACCAUCUCGCAGCUCAAUCUUCUACCGCUGUACAGUUGGUAGCUGGAUCCGGAGCAACAGAAGAAUCAGAUGAAAAAGCCAAUUCACCAGAUGGCGUUGAUGGUGAAGGUGCCCAGAAAAGCGCAGAUCACCAAUACAGCGAAGGCAUUCCCGGACCUAUCACUAGAUUACUUGUCAUAGCUAAUAGAGGAGUAGCCAAUUUAAUUCAAGAUCUUAUUCUCCGUUUGGCCCAAACCAGUGAGAGGUUGGUUAACUUCAAAGCUCGUUUGAUAACAUCCCUCAUAUAAGAAGUGCUGCCAUUCUUCAUAAAUGUCAAUAUUGUUUAAUGAUAUAAUGACAACCAUAAUACGUUCCCCACAGUUUUUUGCCAUAGACGGUUCACUUUAUUUUUCCUAGGUCAAUUUAGUAUGGCUUUAAAAUUUAGUAACUGUGGGAAUUUAGAUCAAUUCAAAAUUUAUUUAUAAAUUCCUCAUUGUUGUUAUAUUAUGUUUAUUUGUAAAUAUCUGUUAAUAUUUAUUAUUUUCUUUUUUCAUUACAGCACGUAUUUUCUUAUAUAAAUAUAUCAAAUUUUAUUAUUGUGUAGAUACUAUAAAAAUAAAAUUUGUAAAUAACAUAAUAUAAUAGUCUAGGAGCCAGGACCUCGAUUUUUGACCCUUCGCUUCGUUAUCGAACGUAUUCGCUUCGUAUACUAAACAGAUACGAAGCGAAUACGUUCGAUAACGAAGCGAAGGGUCAAAAAUCGAGUCCCAGGAGAGGUUAAGUAUGCAAUUUUAAGUACCUUCGGUAUCUUGAUGUUUUUUAUAUUUUUGCUACGUAGAUUAGAUUUUUCGAUGGUACCAGGCUGAAAAGCCGUCAAAUAAUUUGUUAUUAACAAUUUAUUUGUUUAAAUUAUUGUAUCUUCUAAACCAUUAAAGAUAUUUAAUUUUACCAAAAUGAAAAUGGUUCCUUGUGAAAAAAUUAAAAAAUAGCGUCUGGUAAACUUUGAUACGAUUGUUAGAACCGGAAUUAUAACAAAUUUCAUGAAAAACAAUUGCAAAAUAGGCAUUUGAUAUAGUAGUACGUUCUUUAACGGUAAAAUAUUGCAAAAACUCUAAAUUUUACAGAACUUCUUGGAUUGACAUUAAAUUUGGAAAACACAUAGCCAACAAGUCAAAGAAAAAGUGAUAUUGUGCUGGGGUGGGUUUCACCCCUUCUUGGGGGUUAAAAAAAUAUACGUACAAAGUAAGUCCGGAAAUGGAUAACCUGAUUAAUUUUAAGUAAGUUUUAUAGAGUUUUUUCAUUAAGUCAAUACUUUUCGAGUUAUUUACGAGUGAAUAUGUUCAUUUUUCAACAAAAUAACCACGCUUUUAGACAGAUGUUCGCAAAUAACUCAAAAAGUGAGUAUUUUUUGAAAAAAACAGUUUGAGCAAAAAUAUAUCCUGUAAAAAAUUUAACAAAAUGGUGUAUAUAUUAGGUCUCUAUGCCCAACAGAAACAGAGUUAUAGCUAAUGAAAAAUAGGUUCAUAUUCGUCAAAUUCCAAAUGGAAUAGUUUAACGUGAAAUAAUCAAAAAAUAAGGCACUUUUUGGGGAAAACGUAUUAUGACUUAUUUAAACUGUUUAAAAAACAUCGUUUUUGUUUUAUAAAAAAAAUUUUUAGUAUCAGAAGUAAACAAGUUAUGCUUAAAAUAAAGUUAGUCCUUUUUUUGGUUAAAAAAAUCGGGAAAAUCACCUCCUAAUUAGAAUCUCAAAUGAACUUAAUCGUUACCCUUCACAAGUUUCUUUACUCGUGUAUGUAUUGUUUAUAUGAUCUAUAAGUUUCAUCGGUACAAAGUCCUUACUUUUGAAAGGGCUGUAGUUAAAAGAGAUUGAACGAGUCACUGAUCACGAGUGUAUGCAGAUUUCGAAACACCAAAUCUUAAUCAAUUUUUGUCUUACAGAAAAAAAAACAUACAAGAUAUUCAGAAAAGCAAUGCUGACUUUUUUGUUUUUUGAGAUUUUUGGUAUCUCUAACAAUUUUUAAGUUAUUUCGAAAAAUCCAUUUUUUUUUUCAAAAUCAUAAAUUUUAAGAAUUUUAUUUUAAAACCAAAUUUUAUUCAAAAAUAAGCACUUUGAAUCGGUGAAACUUACAGUUCAUAAUAUAAACACAACAUAAUAAGUAAAAUAAUUUGUGAAGCGGUAACGAUUAAUUUAAUUUAAGUUGCUAAUUAGGGGUUGAUCUUCCUGCUUUUUUUUGCCAAAACAAAAGGGACCAACUUUAUUUUGAGCGUAACUGGCUUACAUUUGAUUCUAGAAACUUGUUAUAAAAACAGAAAUAAAGCUUAAUCUUGGUCAAAAAUUAACAUAGAAACAUUUACCAAAGCUUAAAAUGUUCGUUUUGAGUUGUUCUAUAACUUAGAUUAGUUAGAUUUUUAAAUUGUAUCUCUUAAUUUUGUUUAAAUCUAUUAUAAAUCGGUUAAGUUGCGAAUAAUUCGCAACUUAGUAGUGACAUCUUUAAUGCUUAAUUGUUAUAUCUUUUUUAUUUAAAAAAAUAAAUAAAUAAAAUAUAAAUUAAUUUUGCAAUUUUAUUUAAAGAUAAAAAAUUACAGAGGGAUUUAGAAAGUUAAUCGCAGCUAAGAAAGCCGAGUUUUACUUCAAAAAGUCUAUUCUAUUUUGCCAUUGUUUUUCACGAAAUUUGUUAUAACUCAGGUUCUAACAAUCGGAAUAAAAUUUAGCAAACACCAUUUUGUUGAUUUUUUCAAAAUAAACAAUUUUCACGUUAAUAAAAUUACUAACAGUUUAGGAUGUUCAAUAAUUUAAACAAUUAAACUGUUAAUAACGAAUUGUGUGACGUAUUUUCAGCAGGAUCAUCUAAAAAAUCUACACACCAAAAAACAUACAAAACGUCAAGACACAGAGGGGACAUAAAAGUACAUACCCGACCCCCCUGCCGUGGCUCCCAGACUAAUAUUGAACGCCGCUGUUUUCUAAAUUGUUGCAAUAGUUAUUUAUUAAAGACAGUUAUUUUUGGAUUUGGGGUAAAUAGAUAUAGGAGCGGAUAAUUACUUGCAUCAUCUGCCAAACUCAAUUGUUUUAUGAAUCUAGAUUUAAAAUUUGUUUUUGAGAAUAUUAAUAGUGUCAAAAAGUUGGUAUUUUUUUAUUUCAAGCAAUAUGUACUGUAAUCACAUUCUAAUUUAUUUAGGAGGUCUUUAAUUGUAGACCUCCCCUAGACCUUCUUUAAUUCAACAUUCAUUUGGUUUGCAAGUAAUAGAAACCACUCAAUUCUAAUGAGAAUGAAACUGGUAAGGGUGUUUAUGCCGCUCUCUGAACAAACUGAAAUAUUAUAUGUCUUUUGAUUUCGUUUCACGGCGAAUUCUUUUGUAUUAGUUUUACUCCUUACUGAGUAUCGAGACCAUGUUUUCGUUGUAAUUUGCCUCGUUGAAUAGACGAGAAGUGAGGUGCAAAUUUUAGACCUCCCCUAGUCCUCUUUAAUUCAACAUUCGCUUGGUUUGCAAGCAAUAGAAACCACGAAGGCGUAACCAUAAACUUGGUCUCAUUAAAAGUUUUAUUUUCUCCGGAAAUAAAACCGAAUUGUUAAUCCAAAAUAAAACAUAAAAAAACAUAUAAAAUAAAUCCAAAAUUCAAUACUUAAUAACCAAAUUGAUGCAAAUGACUACAACAUCGAUAGCUGUUUACCAUCAUAAAUAAAAGUUCACAAUUUAGAACAUUUCCUUGCCAUUGAAAGAAUAAAUAUAAUAAUUUAGAAAACAGUAAUACACAGUGCUUUAAUCAAUAAAUUAUUGUUUAUUAAAUCCAUCAACUAAAAUAAAAACAAAUGUGAAGUGAAGAUUUAGUUUUAAUUAUUUUUAUUCGAUUGUAAAACAAUAGUCAUGGAGAUGGAUACUUUAUAAACUUAAAUUAAUAAAUUUUGUAGGCUAUUACCCAGUGUUUGUAUAUUUAUUUGCUUUUUAUAUGAUUUAUUAUAAUUAGAUUUCUUAAUAUUCUUCAAAAGAAUAUUUGUAACCUGACCAAUUGCUCACCUUUUUAAACUUUGGAGUGAGAAUAGAAUUCUUCCAUGUUUUAUAUUAGGUAUGAUAUUUAGAUAUUGUAAUGUUAUUUUGAAGAAGUAAAAGGCAAACUAUGUGUUAAUAUUGUACAUUUUAUAAUAAAUUACUAUUAUUUAAUAAAUUUUAAAUUAAA